UGUAGAUUUUGUGCGGACAGUGAGUGAGCAUUAUUGUCUAUACCAACAGGCAACAGCGCAGAGAGAGAGAGAGAGAGAGAGAGAUUCUAGUGUUGGUCGGUACUGGAUCAAUGGAAUGCUCUACUUCUUCUUCCUCUUCUUCUUCUUUAAGCAGCUUUUCCAUACUGCGAAAGCCUUGCCCAUUUGUACCACCAUUUACCACCACCGUUUAUAGGAAGCAGCAGCAGCAGCAGCGGCGACCCCUUAUCCAACUCUCCGCAGUUUCUUACAACAAAUUCAUUCACUUCGCUUUGGAUGAGUCCAAACGCCGCACCCAUUUGGCCCCUUCUCCCCUCCAGGAAAGAUAUAAUUCCAUGGUUUCCAUGGAUGGUAAUGCACAACUUCAAAUGUCAUCAUUCAAAGCUACUAAGAUUAGGCUUUUACGUAGCCUAUGUAUUGAGACUCAAACAAUGCAGGUUUUGGAUUUUGCUGUCUUCCCAGAACCAAAAUUUGAUAUGCCAAUAUUUUGUGCCAACUUCUUCACCAGUGCGGAUGUUAACAUAGUUGUGCUGGACCUCAACCCUUUGCACAACGUUAUUAUUGAAAGAGAAUACAGAGAUAAAUACUACAAAGGCCUAAUACCUCUUGGUGUCAAAUAUGCUGAGCUUUUACCAUGGGGUGGGAAGCUUACUAGCGAGUCAUUGAAAUUUUUUUCACCCAUUGUUAUAUGGACAAGAUUUACGUCAAGUCCACAAAAAUAUGAGGUUUUAUAUUCGGCUUUCAUGGAUUAUUACAAGGCAUGGCUCGAGCUGAUGGACCAAGCAGUAGUGGAGACAAAUGCCUCUCAAAUUAAAUGUAACCGUGAAGCGCAACAUCGAUAUCUAACUUGGAGAGCAGAAAAGGAUCCUGGACAUGGAGUUCUGAAAAGGUUGAUUGGGGAGACACAAGCAAAGGAUUUGCUGGUGAACUUCCUGUUCAAUGGAAUUGAUAAACUAGGAAGCAAAAGUUUCCUGGAGUACUUUCCCGAGUACUGCUGUGAGGAUGGGACUAUAAAUCAGAAACGUAGUAUAAUUGGAAAGUCUUAUGAAAGUCGCCCGUGGGAUAGAAAAGGAGAGUUUGUUAGUAACAAUUUUGAAAGUUAGAUUGUAAUAAAUUUGUCUUACCAUCUGUUUCAUUUG